CGUCGGACAGAGUCGACGGUUAGUAGUCAGUAGUCACAUCUCUAAACAUGUCACGUUUAGACAUUUUGACGAUGAAUUCAAAUUGUGGUGUCCUGCGGGAUGGAGGCCUCUGUGGCAGGAGGAGUGGACCUGCACCUGCAGCGUGCAGUGUAAGGAAGCGUGCUGCCUUCAAGUGUUCCUGCUGCAGGGAGGACACGCCAGUCCACUGGUCCAAAGCUUCCCCGAAGAGGAGGAGGUCCUCCAACAUUCAACCGGCAGUAGAAAAGGCAGCCGUUCCUCCCUCGGCCAUCCCACACCACACCCUACCAGUGGCAUCGCUCGUCCCGCGCGUCCCACCGCCCCGCGCUUGUACUCCGCUGGCGGCGCUAAGCAUCCACGGCCUCACAGUGGAGCAACACCAGCGUUUAUAUCACCAGGUGGUGGAUGACAAACUGAGGUUCAAGAAUGGCCAGCCACGUCCUUACAGCUUAAAUCUGGGACGUGUCAUAAAGCAGCAGCUGUGGGAACAGUAUUCACGCCCCACCUUUGCAGAAACUGUGGCUGAGAAGGGAAGAGUGGAUGUCACUCAAUCAUACGGAGGUGGAGUCUUCGCACCUCUGUAUGAUGUGGACGUUAGCCUGGAGCCCAAACCCCCAAAGUUGAAAAAAACCUACUUUGAGUAAAUAUGAAGGAAGGGGUAGAAGACCAGAAGAGGAGGUGGGGGUCACUUUAAUUACCCUCCCCAUCCCUUUAAC